AUGGACGAACGGGAUUUUAAAAGUAUAAUUAUCUAUUAUGGACGGGAAAAGUUAUAUCGAACGAUGCACCGUACCGUGCUGGAAGCGAUGGCCAAAUACACGGUGGAUACAAGUUUUAGAUACUUCAAUGGUGUUGCCUUGAUUCUGGAAGGCGUGAAACUGCAGGAAGGCAUCCGUGAACUGAACCACCUGCAGGGUGAUAAAGAUUUUGGUCUGGCCGUGGUUUUGAGCCUUAUGCAUGCCCACAAACGGUGUAGUGUUAUCGAUAAGGACGAACUACUAAGGCUGGAAAGUAUUCUGAAGGAAGAGAAAAAGAGUUUAACAUUGUUAUCCGCUUAUUAUGCAGCGCUGUUCCUGUUUCUGACCGGUAAGGUUGAGAAAGCUCGUGAAUAUGCCGAUAAAGCCUUACGGUAUAGUUCAAACAAUCAAGAUGCACUAACGUUAAGAGGAUGGUGCGAAAUAUUUAUGAACAAAAAUAGACCAGUUAUUUUGGAGUUUUUCAAUAAGGCAUUAGAGCAUGGAAAGCAAAUGGAUGCAUGCAUCGGUCAGAUAAGAUAUCAUCAGCUUAACAAUGAUUGCGAGGCAGCUAUGUCGAUUUUAAACCGUUUAUCGGUACGUUAUCCUGAUCUUACUAUUAUUCUGGCUGAAAAAUCUCGUUGCUUUUUAUCAAGCUGGAACUAUGACAGUGCUGCAGAAACUUCUAUGAGAAUUCUAAACGUUGAACCCACUAACAUAGAAGCAUUGAAGGUGAAAAUCAUGAUACUCAUCGUGAAGGAAGGAAAUUAUGCUGCCAGCACAAGUAUAUUUCAGUAUUUAUUCAAAACAAUGGAAAAAACCGAGCCUGCAAAUGGUGAAAUCUUCAUGCAGACGGGAAAAUUGUUCUCACGUGUCUGCGGAAGGAACAAGUCUAUUUUAUCGGAAACUUAUCAGUUUGUAGAAAAAGCUCAUAAAAUAGACCCUAACAAUGCGGAGUUUAUUACAGAGCUAGGCUUUCAGUGCAUUAUGAGAAAAAAAUUCAAGGACGCCAGUAAGUGGUUCAAAACGGCCUCUAAAAUAGACGACACAUCUCUGAACGCGUUGUGUGGCCUAACGUUGUGUCAAAUAACGGAAUCGGGCAUUUCGGAGCAAGUGUUUCAGCAAAUAGAAUUCCUAACCGAAAUUCAAGGAAAGGAAAAGAAUCCAAUAUUGCUCUUGAUGUCGGCGAAAACCCAACGGAAUGAUCACGAAAAAGCACAGGAAUUCCUGUUUGCUGCCAGUGAAAUACAGUUUAGAAAUUUGAAAACCAUUGCAUAUGGUUUGGAAUACCUGCUUGCGUUUGAUCCUGACUUUCUGCUUGAAGUUGUUAAGGAACUACUAUAUCACUCUCCCACGGAACAGGACAUACAGAACGAGUUUGUGGAUUCAUUACAUCCAUCGCUAAGGCAUUGUUCCAAUAUCCUAGAUGCGGUAGUGAAGGCUUGUCCGGGACUUGCCGAGGCUCUCUAUCUACUGGCAAAGGUUCAGUUUCUCAGCGGAGAGUUUUCGUUGGCGGCUAGAACACUAGAAACGGUUCUUCAUGAUUUCGAUGCCACAUAUUCAGAUGCACAUCUGCUAAUGGCUCGAGUACACAUUCAACAGAAAUUUUACGCAAAAGCCGCACAGAGUUUGGAAAUGUGUCUUAGUAAAGAUUUUCAAGUGCGUGAUAAUCCGAUGUAUCAUCUGCUGCAUGGGAUGGUGCUAAAGAACCAACAACUUUAUGAAGAUGCCUUGAAGAGCUUCGUCACCGCAAUGAAUAUGUGCGGUGGAACUCAAAGUAACAACGAUACCAUGUCGUCAUCCUAUAAAAUCGAACCUGAUAGUACUCUUACAACAGCUGAUCUUUUAUCCCUUCAUCUGGAAAUUAUCAACACGCACGUUCUGAUGAAUCAACAUGCGGAGGCACUGAAACUGAUGCAUUCAGUUUCGUCUAAAUUUUCCUCUACCACGGAGGAAGGCCGACUAACGAUCGCAAUAGCAGAUUUCUACAGUCAGCAAGGAAAUUUCACCAAAGCUAUUGAACUGCUGAAAACCAUUUCUUCGAGCGAACCAUACUACGUUCAGGCAAAGACUAAAAUGGCUCAUCUCUAUCUGGUGCACCGAAAGGAUCGGCUAGCCUAUGCUCAGUGUUUCAACGAGCUGGUGGCUCAUAAUCCCGGCCCGGCAAGCUAUUUGAUGCUCGGUGAUGCCUACAUGUCGAUACAGGAACCGGACGAUGCCAUUGAAGCGUACAAGCAAGCCCACAAGCAAAACCUGAAGGAUCCUUCGUUGGCCAGCAAGCUGGGCCGAGCGUACGUUAAGACGCAUCAGUACAAGAAAGCCAUUUCCUACUAUCAGGAAGCCAUUCGGACUCCGGAAAAUUUUCUCCUCAAGCUUGAUUUGGCCGAACUGUUUCUGAAGUUGAAGCAAUAUUCCAACGCCGAACAGACUUUGGUUGAUGAAAUGGAACUUUCUAAAAGUGAAAAUGAGGAUAUUAUGAGGUUGCAGUUGAAAACCAAGCAGCUCUUACUGUUGGCAAAAAUUCGAGAAAAAGCUGGUUAUUUGUCAUCCUCUUUGAAUACCCUGAAAGAAGCCAGAGAUAACCAAUAUAAAAUACUGAAGCGGUUGUUUGUGGAUCAAAAUAUUCAACAGGAACAGAAUAAGAUUUUAGCAAAAACUUGUAUUCUAAUGGCAGAGCAAUCAAUUGCACUACGAGACAAUGAACAAGCGAUUCAUCACUACAACGAAGCGUUGAAAAUUAUUCCUGGAGAUGUGAACGUUUUGGUUGCCCUGGCACGGGCUUACAUGCAGCUGAAUAAUAUGGACCAGUGUCAGCUGAUAUGUGCCGAAAUUCUGCAGAAAGAACUGAACAAUGAAGCUGCUUCGGUUAUGAUGGCAGAUUUAUGUUUCCGAAGGAUGGACUUCGAGAAUGCUGCCUAUCAUUUUUCGCAACUUCUGGUAUCGCAACCAACCUACUGGACCGCACUGACCCGGCUGAUAGAGGUAAUGCGCCGCUCGGGAACUCUGAACGAUGUCGAACCGUUCUUUCGCCGAGCGGAAGACUUGUGCAACCGGCCGGACACGGAAGCGGGUCUGAACUACGCGAAAGGUCUCAACGAUUGGUACAACGGUAAUCCGAACAGUGCGCUAAGGUUUUUCAACAACUGCCGCCGGGAUGCGGAAUGGGGCCAACAGGCCAUAUACAAUAUGAUCGAAAUUUGCCUAAAUCCGGAUGGGGAUUUGCCGAACGAAGGAGUUGUUGAUAUUGGGGCAGAUGACUUGGAGAUUAAAGAUUCGCGGGCUAUGGCUUUGAAAACUGCCGAACGAUUGCUGAAGGAAUUGAAACCACGCCCGGGUGUUAUUGACAAUGCGGCGCUCAACCAUCGUUUGCUGCAAAACUUUCACCUGCUUGCUUCGAAGCAGAAACAUAACAUUGAUCGAGCUUUGCAGGAUUUUACGGCGAUUCUUGCUCAAGAGGAAUAUAAGGAACAAAUUGGGGCUGUCUACGGUAUUGCUUCUGCUUAUGUCAUAUUGAAACAGUCUCAGCGAGCAAAAAAUCAACUGAAAAGGAUUGCUAAAAAUACGUGGACUUUCGAAGAGGCCGAUUAUCUGGAGAGGUCUUGGUUGCUGCUGGCAGAUUUGUACUUGCAAGCCGGAAAAUAUGAAAUGGCAACGGAUCUACUCUCCCGAGUUUUGGAUCACAAUAAGUCGUGUGCCAAGGCAUACGAACUGUUGGGAUUGAUUUCCGAAAAGGAACAAAAUUAUCGAAUGGCAACGGUCCACUACGAAUCGGCAUGGAAAUUUUGCGCUAAAUCCAAACCGAACAUUGCCUACAAGUUAGCGUUUAACUAUAUGAAAACUAAACGCUACGCGGAUGCUGUCGACAUUUGUCAGCAGGUUUUGAAGAUCCAUCCCGACUAUCCGUCAAUAAAAAAGGAUAUACUUGAUAAGUGUAGAAAUAAUUUGAAAAACUGAACUAACGACUCGUACCACAAACAAUGGUUAU